ACUUGCCAGCAUGGCGACGAAAGUGGAGAUAAAUUUUAAGCGUUUACUUCGCAGAUGCGAAACGAGAGUGGCUGAAAAAAAGCUUAAUGACUGGAGACUUGAGAAGUACGUUGCUGCUUUAGAAGAUCAGUUACUGGAAAUCAGUAAGGCAACAAGCAGGCCGACGAAAGAACUGCUGACAGAAUACAGGAAGAAGGUGGAUUUCCUGAAAGGCUUAAUAGAAGCUGAGAAAAUGCCUACAGCAAGUGAGAAGGUGAUGGCCACAGAGCGACUGGUGCCAGGGUAUGACAGUGUGAGGGACAAACCAGCCAAAGAACUCCACCUCCAGACUAAGGCCAGGCAUCACACAGAACUCAGAGAUGAACUCCUAGGCAUUAAAGAACCCAAGGAGAAUGGGCUGAGACAGAGGAGGACUGGUGGUGAGGAGGAUAUAGACUCGGUCCUGCAGCAUCACCAUCAGAUACAGGAGAAGUUGGCUGAGGAGAUGGUUAUGCUGGCACGUAACCUGAAGGACAAUGUCUCAGCCACAGGCAGGAUUAUACGAGAUGACACCUCAAAAUUACAUGAGAGCACAAAGUUAGCAGAUUCAAACUACAGUAAGCUGAAAGUGGAAAGUGACAGACUGGAGGGUUUUACAAAGUCCUGUAAUUGGUGGAUAUGGAUUAUGCUAAUUGUGGUGACUCUAACUUUCAUGUGGAUGAUCCUCUUUAUGAGAAUGUUCUCAAAGAAGUCCUGACAUAGCUACAUUCAGUUAAUCAUUCUAAGAUGCUGAAUUUGGGUCCCUUUUGAUGAUGUUGAGUCAUGACGAGAUGGUGCCAGUUGCUAGUGUGGAAUCUGUCACAUGGGAACCAAAGGAAUGAAUAUAUCACAGGUACAUCUACAACCAAGAACAGGACAGCUUGGGAAUGAAGAAAUAAUAGGCACGGUCACCAGCAAAUUGUUUUACUGCUCCCUCUAUUAAAUAACAUUUGAGAGAAGAUCUUCAUAUACUUCGAAUUUACCUCACUUGUCCUAAAUUGAACAUAUGAUUGAAGUUCUUCCGUUGACAUAGACAGGGAACAUCUGGCUUGACCAAAACCAGGAUGCUGCUUCAUGUAUGUGACAAUCUUUACAUCUUCUGAUCACAAUAUAAUUACUGUUAACACAAAGGAAGGCUGAUCCCAGCUUCUAAAAUGAUGGCUUAAUUGUUCAGAUGUCUGCCUUAGUCAUUGAAAUUAGUGAAAGCUCAGGUGAGACAUUUCCCAGUUCAGUUGCCGAUAACUUGUGUUUGACAUGUGUCUGUGUUUGUCACUUUAUUACCUAAUGCUUGAAUGUUUCUUUUGGUUUCUGGUCAAUAUCUGGUUUUGUUUUUAGUUAAUUACCUAACCCAUUGUUCCAAUGUUUGUUUUAUUUGAUUGUUUAAUGCCAUAAAUACUCAAGAAUUUUUCACUUUAUAUACCAUGGGACGGACAAUAUUAUGAGUGGAGUAAACCACUGACAUUUGACGAGUUAUUGACAAACUCUAUCAUGUGCGACAUGUAUCAUAUUGAUGGAAGGCAUGUCAUCUGCAGGACACUUCAUACAAGACUACACUACAGAGUGGUGUUGACCUCUCACUGCCAUCAGGGCUCCGAGAACAAAGACAGCAGUACAACCUGGAAAAUUUCAUCUUGUUGGACAUAGCAAUUUAAAGGCAGUGUCAUGUACCUUGACAACUCUACCAUGCCUCAGGUGCCUGUUGUUCUAAUACAAGUUGGCCUGAAGUUUGUUUUCAUGGGGCCUAACAGUAGCAUUCCACAAGUUUGCCUGUGGUGAGUCUAUGGAAUGGGUGUUCACUACUUGAAAAGUGUUACUCCUCACCUGUCACUAUAUCCACAAACUGCUGCAAAAACUUUUUAAAUCUACAUCUAAGGGCCGAAAAUGUGCAGUGAAAAUGGCAGUCGAAAGCUAGAAGCCAUUUAAAUGUGUACGAGUACUAAGCUAGUGGCGAGAAUAUUUCACUUUCAUAUUCGUAUUUCACAACGGCAACCAGUAUUAUGGCGGAAAUGAAUAAGUAAAUGUUAGAGGUUUAACGUCAAACUUAACCAUUUUUCAGUCAAAUGACAAAGAGGUGCCAUUAGUUGUGUGUACAAAUACUGUGUGUUCUUGUGGUAGGACGAGUCCAUGCCACCAAAGUGCUGGCACCACUGAAGUAUCAUGCCGCAGACACCAGACAUUACAGCCUACCCAGUCACAUUAGACUGACACUGGGCUGACCAGUCAUCAUUCUUUGCUCUGAGGUCUUAUUAUGGUAGGAGGAAACUGAGCACAUUCCAGGGGACAUCCAUGACCAUCCGCAGGUUACUGCCAGGCCUUCUUGCAUGCGACGGAGAGCAAGAAUGAGUUGAACUUGAACUCAUAGCAACCACAUUGGUGAGAGCUGCUGAGUAAUUCUGAUGUGCUAGCAGGCUAACCACUGACUGGACCACGGAGGCCCUCAUAAUAAAAUCCGUGUUUGGAUUAAAACAGCUGUAAAUUCUAAACUGGAAAUGGCAACUGUUCAGCCAUGGUAAUGGUGUUCACAUAGUAAUAGGUUCCAUGAAAUAAAGUUUAAAUGACUCAUGAUGUAGGGUGAUGUUGUGGGUAGGAACAGUGCAAUAUGAAAAAACUGGUUGUGUUUAACAUAAGUUACUUGGUGAUGUACAGGUAUGCUAAUUUCUCAGAUAGAAAGCUUUGUUUUGUUACCACUUGCCAUUCUACUAAUUCAGCUUUUAUUGCUGGAUUUGUUUUAUGUAUUCUGGCUGCCUGACUUUUUUCUUCAAAUUUCGUGAAGAAGAUGAAUAAAAAUUUGGAAAUUUUAAAACGGUUAAUCUGAGACUUAAU